AUGGUCCAAGGAAAAAAAAUUCUUGUGACUGGAGGAGGAGGAUAUUUUGGCCACAAGCUGGGGAAUGAGCUGAAGAAGUUGGGAGCAGUGGUUGUAUUGUUUGACAUCUCGUGGCCGUUGGAUGAUGUUGUGUACGAGCAAAUGGAGUGUUUUCAGGUAGAGACUUGAUCGGUAAAUUACGUAAUUCACUUUGAUUAUUUUGCCAAAACAACUCCAUUCGGAUCUUGCCUUUGUGCUACGGACAGACGAAAAUAUUAAAUUUUACCACGGGGAAAAUGCAUGGAAGUUAUUUGAAUUUGCUGUGUCAGACACCCGGUGGUGGGAAGUCUUUUCUAAACAUUGGACACCCGCCAUUCUAGAAUUCUCAUAUAAUUUCCACUUCACCUUACGAAUGAUAAUGUGAUAUCAGGAAUUAAGUGAAUUUUUUUAAAAUCUAAUGAUAAAGUUAAGUCUCCUUUUAUGUCAUAAGAUUCAUAUUUAUGUUUUAGGGGGAUAUAACAAGUAAAGAAGAUGUAAGAAAGAUAUUUAUCAGUCAUCAGAUUGAUGUGGUUUUUCAUAGUGCAUCAUAUGGAAUGUCUGGAAGAGAGCAAGUUAGUAUGUUGUACUUAUUGAGUGAAUGGUAGGGCCAGACAAAAAUACAUUUGCCUCUGGGUUGUGGAUUCAAAGAUGUGCAGAACUCUGUCUCUGUGCUUGUUUCAAAUGUCACAAUUUAGAGAUAAAUGUUUCUCUGUCUGCUCUGUCUAUUCUGUCUGCUUUGUCUGCACUGUCUUUCUCUAGUCCAACCCUACUCAGUCAAAACUGAUUCUUUUAGACUGAAAUCCUGUGCAGUAGAUGUACCAAUACUGCUUGUUACCUUUGCUCCUUAACUGGAAUAAGCUGCGACAUGAUUGUUCAUUGGGUAGCAAGCUGUCCUUCACCUUAAAUCCUGUUGAUAUCAGUAUCCAUAUUCUCCAUACUGUUCCCUAUACAUAUCCCAUGGUACUGACAAAGAGAAUCUGUUUAACAAUCAAAGUAUUUGUAAUCUGGUGAUCAUUUCCUUUAUUCUAAUGAUCCUAUUGUUUGACUCAGGGAUGAUACUGUUAGGAGAAUUUAGAUGCUAGUCAUGUUAAGGGAUUAAAGGGUGUUUCUCAGCAGGACUGUUCUUGGGUGUGGUCAAUAUUGAGAUAGCUGUGGUAGAAAUCAUCUGGAACUGGAAUGGGACUUCCACAUCUUUAACUGGUGAUGUGUUUGCAACUCAGGCUCUUGUGGCAUCUGGCUGUAUUUUAUCAAGAAAGACAGUCGAUCAAGAUAAAAUGAAGGAAAGAUAUGGGAUCAAUUUUAAAAUUGAACUGUGAUUUAUUUUAAAUUACAUGUGUUAUUUUCAGUUACGUAGAGAACAAAUAGAGAAGGUCAACAUUCUAGGAACAAAAAAUGUCAUUGAAGGUCUGUAAAUUCAGUAGCAUGUAAAACUUGGCCUGGAAUUUAAGUUUACUAACAAAUUUUUUUGAUUUUGAAUUAUUCUUUGAUUCUCCUAAAACAAACAAAACCAUUCUUAAUGAAAUUGUUUAAUCAUUCUUUCAAGCCUGUCGUCAGCAUAAUGUGGCUCAUCUCGUCUAUACAAGUACAUAUAAUGUGGUGUUUGGAGGACAGGUUAUCAGAAAUGGAGAUGAGACUUUGCCAUAUUUACCUCUAGAAAAGGUAAUUAUUCUAUAAUGUAUUUGUUGUCUCUUGAGUUAAGCUUGAAACAUUCACAUAUACAUAUAGUAGUCCAUUUGGUAUAAAGAAACAUGAACCAAACCAGAAAGAAAACUCUGGAGUAUGCAACUUUGCUUUAAAGACAACUAAUUUUUGUGCAAAAAUUCAAAGUCUGCUUAUUCCUAUUUUGACAGUCCAUUUACAUGAUACAAAUGCAUGAUUUUGAUGGUCCAUUUACAUGAUACACAUGCUAACACGUGAGAGAUCUCUUUUAAGUAAAGUUUUCAACUCUUUUAUCUAAGUUAUCCAAUUUCCGAAAAUGUUGCAAGCAUGUUCCAUGUACUUCUUGAGAUUACUGAAGAAGUUCUGAAUAAAGAUGUAUGAGGUUGGUAAAUUGUGACAAAAAAAAGGCAUACAAAAAUAAAAUAGAAAAUUUUGUGUAGAGAGAAAACUGGAAGUUGAUAAUUUUCUUUCAAUAUCAAUUUUUGCUGAGAGUGGGGGGAAAAAGUAGUCAUGGAUUAAUAAGUUAUACUUUUAGUCAGGUAUGAGAAAUUUUCUCUUUUGACUUUUGUCAGCAUCCUGACCAUUAUUCCAGAACAAAGUCCAUAGCAGAGCAAACUGUUUUGAAUGCUAAUGGUUUACUAUUAAAAGGUGAGAUUUUUAUAUCAACAUUGCCUUAUUAAGUAAAACAUCCUUCAAUUUCUACUAAACAUUUGCCUGGAUUUUUAGAGAUAAAUUCAGAGCAGCUUAGUUUUUUAUAUGAUACAGAUAUUGAGGUAUAUUGUAAAGAUAAUUACCAUGAAGUGUAAAAUGUUUAUUAAGAAUUCCCUUAUAAGUUUCCCAUGGGACUUCUCCUCCUGAGCACUUUAUAGCUGCUGUAGGUGACCUGAGAUUGAGAGUUGGUCUUGCAUUCUGAGAGCAUCAACUUUACAGUUUUAGGUGCCUCUGGGAAACAAAAUGCAUGGAAUUGUGUCCACAUCUCGUGGACUGUUAUUAAGUACCUAUUUUUUCUCAUGUUGCUAUAUUAAUUCAAAUGUUUUAUGGCAAUGAAAUGAUGAGGCCUCAGAUGAAACAAGUUUUGUAAUUUGCAUACUUAACAUAAAAUAAGAGUUUCAAAAAGUUAAAAAAAUAACCUAGGCAUUAAAUGGAAUUUAGAACAGAUAAGUUAAAGUUUAUCUUCAGUUUGUCUGGUGACUGUUUGUUGAGGUUUAUUUUUUACUUUUAAAUCAUAACAAUUCCCCUCUUCCAUAGCAACAUUGUAAUUUUGUACCCAGAACCACACAGGAAUGUUCUGUUUUUUUGUAAUGUUGCUAGUUUACUUUUCUUUAUUUUAUUUUUCUUUCUCCAUUCUUCUCUUUUUUUCCUAUGUAUGUACGUAAUUUGAUUUAUUGUAUGUAUGCUGUAACUUUUUCCUGAAAGUCAAUGUAUAUUUAGUUGUAGUAGUCUUGUAUGUAAUGAAUUGUAAUACGAAGUAAAGCUGUCAUUUAGAAGAAAAAUUAAGGUAAUAAGGAUUUUUUUAAUUAAGAUAAGUUCAAGCUGCAGCCUUCCAUGUUUUUUGUUUUUAUUUUGUUUGUUUGUUUGUUUUUUAACAGGAGUGAUUAAAAAAAAUAUACCAACCUUUUAAAAAACAUCCAUCACUUUUAGUCCAAAUUACAAUUUUGACUAACACAUUCUUCUUAUUAAACUGAAGGAAACAUGAUUGUAAGUCUUUUACACCAAAAAAAACUUGGCUUGCUGUCUGGUAAAUACCAAAAUUCAUCUAAAAAAUUGUUAACCCACUUGCAAUUCAUUUCAUUGCCUGAAAAUCAUUGACAGAUGGGAAAAUUCUCAAGACCUGUGCUUUAAGACCAGCUGGUAUCUAUGGAGAAGGAGAAUUGAGACAUUUACCCAGAAUUGUGGUAAGCUUAAUAUAAAAUUUUAUUUUAUUUUCCUUGGCUCUAGAAUAUUAUUACUGAUACAUUUUUGCAAAAUAAAGCUUUAAGUGGCCCAUAGUGCUGGAGAUUUUCUUAGGGUGUGUAAAUUCAAUGAUUUGAAAAGAACUGCUACUUCCAAGGUAAAAUGGUGUGCAAUGUAACUCCCAGCAAUUUUGUCAAUAGGGGCACCCUUCCUGUAUGGAUAGAGCGGUACUUGUGAAAGUUAAUUGAUCUGCAACAAUAAACCUUAAAAUGAAAGGGAGUGUGAGUUGUCACAGUGUUGAUGCUUAGGAAAACAUAGCUAGAUAAUAAUAUGAACCUCCAACAUUUUGUAAAUAACAUGAUGUGUUAACUUUCUUUAAUGGUGCCAGACUUUGUUGAAUUACAGCUGAGUGUGUGUAGGAGUAGGCUGGAUAAAAUUGUGAAAAAUUUGCCAUUGAGGUUCCAAGACAGCACAAACUAUGUUGAUUUCACUUUUUUGUUUGCAGACAACAGUUAGGAAGUGUACAUAGAUCUGAAUGCAGAUAUUUAUGCAGAGCUAUUAAUCUGCCCAAUAUAAAAUCUUUUGUUCACACUUGUUGCUGUUGGUUUACUGGCUUUCUUUAAGUCUGUAACCCUUUUACUCCUAAGAUCUCAUUAUUGAGUAAUUGUCUCUACUGUCUGCCUUACAACUGCUAUGAUGUUACUUCAAGGAACUUGGUUUUGGAUCAACUAAUAAUCCCUUAAUUGACUGUUUCUUUAUUCUUAUAACUUUUCAUCUUCUGACACCAAGGGUGCUGCAUGUCAGUCGACUUGCACCAGAGCCUGAUCUUCAGCCCUGAUGAGAUUCACAUCUUUUGUAUUUCUCUAUUUUCAGUCAUAUAUUGAGAGAGGCCUUUUUGCCUUCACUUAUGGCCAAGAUGACUCUAUUGUUGACUUUGUUCAUGUAAAUAAUCUGGUUCAAGCUCACAUUUUGGCAGGAAAAACUCUCAUGGAGGCAGAUUCUGUAGCUGUAAGUAAGGAAUACAUAAAUUAUGUAACAACAGAAUUAUUGAUGUCAAAGAACCAAGAGUUGAAGUUUAAGGAUAAUUUUGGUGGCAUGUUUUUCAUACAAUUAAUUUCCUAAAAUAUAUUUUUAUUAUUUUAAUAUUUGAUGGACCAUUCUUGUUUUUUUUUAAUGGGUUAUAUUUCAGGCUGGUGAAGCAUAUUUUAUUUCAGAUGACUCUCCUGUAAACAAUUUUGAGUUCUUCAGACCUUUGGUAAGUCAAAUUUUCUCUAAGUGAAUAUCUAUAAAAUUAUUCCUUGAUGAAGAAGUAUUGUAGUUAUUGAACCUUAAAACAAGCAAGCAAGCAGUUACAUAUUAAGCAGUGUAAGUCCAUUCUCUUCCUGCCUUAUAGUUUUGUCUUUCUCCUUUACUUGUUUGAGUAGGUUAAAGUUUGGAAUUCAGAUUUAAGAUUUGGUAAAAUUUCCUUUUCCUCUCUUUCAUUUUCAUUUAUCCUCUCUCCUUUGUCUUAGUCAAACAAAUCAAAGAAAUAUUAAGGAAAAGAAAUUAAAAUUAGGAAAGAUGGCUUAACUCUAAAGAAAUAAUGUAUGCCUCAGCUCCUAAACUGUCUCUUGGAAUCAUCACAAUUUGAUAUUUUCUAUUUUCUGACUUAAAUGUUUUUUAACAAUUUUUCAAAUAGGUUGAAGGUUUGGGAUACAAAUUUCCCAAAUUAAAGUUGCCAAUAACUCUUGUAUAUAUGGUUGGUAAGUUAAAUUUAUUUAUUUUCAUCUUUCAGUUAUUAAUGUCUAGAUUCAUAUUAAUGAGAUGAAUACUCACAUGUUUAUCUUUCUUUUAUCCUUUCUUUUGUUGUUCAGUGCAUUAAUCUGUCCGCUUUAGCUUAUUUAAUUAAUCAAUACUAAUUUAUUAAUUCAUUCAUUUAUAUGAUGUUGUCCAGUUAUCAUAUAAUGAUUUUUUGAUGUGUAUGACUUACAGUUAUUUUCAGUUUUUCUUAAGUCCUUGGUAGUUUGUAUUUGUAUUAUUUGGUAAGAGGAUAUUUAAUUAUCUGAGUAUUUCUAUCAUUCUGUUUGUGAGUGACAAAGUGGGCUUCUACCUGGCAGUUUUUCUUGUUUUAUUACUGACCUAAGGCUUGUGAUUGCAUGCAGACCAAAUUGGAUUUCAAGUGGCCCAAUUUCCAUUAUAUGCCAGUUAGCUCUACAAAACUAGCAUAUUUUUCACUACUUUUAUCUACCGAGAUUAAUUAAAGAGUAUAAAGUUGGAUUAUGAUUGAUCAAAGAUUUAUUGAGGUAGUCAGAGAACACAAACUCCUUUAAAUAAGUUUAAAUCUAACAGAGAGAUUUUCUGUUUGUAGCAUUUUUAACAGAACUGGUUCACUCAGUGAUUGGAAGAUAUAUUUAUAACUUUCAGCCGCUCCUCACAAGAACAGAGGUACUAUUCAUCAGCAAACUCACAUAAUCAUAAUCUUGCAUAGACAUGGGAAACUACAUGAAAAUAGGGAAAUAAGUAGCACUGAUUGUAUGCCAUCUUAACGGUCAAAUGGGAAAUUGUGUCAAAACGAUAGAAGUGUCUAAGGACUAAUAAGUCCUGACAAAAUCAAAGCAUUAUCCAGUAAAGAUGUGAUGAGGUUAGACAAACACUUCUGUUCAUCAGGUUAUGUAGACUUAACACCAAAAUCUUUCUCUCUUCCCAAGAAAAAAUGUAGGAUAGGUAGAAUCUAGGAGAACUCUGGGUCUGAUCUGGGGAUUUUAGGGGUGGAGUAACACCAAAACACAGGUGACUUUUCGUGGCAUGUCUGUAAAGUAGCUAAUUAGUUAAGAACAUUUGACCACGUUAAAUAAAGGUUAUUGUAUUGUUUUUAUUAUUUCCAAUAACUUUUCAGCUCUUAAACUCAUCAACAUAUGAAUUCACCAUUUUCUUUUCUCAGUUAGUGUAAAAGUUUGUUAAAGAUCAGUUCAAUUUCUGUUUUGUGAUCAGCUCCUUGAUUCUUCAGACCAUUGGUGUUGACAGUGUGCUGAUGGUGUGGCGAGAAAUGAAAUGCUGAUCACUUCUUUUCUUCUUUUGGCACAGGUUUACAAGACAGCAGUCACUCAUUACUUUAGCAUGAAGAAAGCCCGCAGUCAUCUUGGUUACAGUCCUCAGAAAUAUUCCCUUGAAGGAGUGAUAGAACAUUUCAAAAAAAAUGGCCAUGGAAGAAACAGGCGUCCCUCACGUCUCCUUUAUCACAUAGUUAACAUUGUUGUAGGAAUUAUGUUUGCAUGUUUACUUCUAGCCUGGUUACCUAGAGUAGAUACUUAUAUAAUCAAUUCUUAUUAUCUUACUACUUUUUGA